UAACCGAGCUCCAACCCGGCGAAAGGUUUUAUAUACAACUCGAAUUUGCACUGCCAAAUCUCUAUACGUCAAAAUAUAGGGUAGUCGGGCGGUCGCACGCAUGAGAUCGCGCGCUCAGAUGUGCGUUCAGUUCGUAUAGUAUAGCUUCGACUGUGACAAAAUGAGGUGCAGUGCCGGAUUCUUGUUGACUUUGUCCUUGUGUGUGACCGAAAUUAUUGGAGUCAGAGUGGUCCCCAAACGGAAGAAAGAGACUAUAAGUGUUCCAGAAGACCAAUCAACGUCAGCAUCAUGGUGGCAAGCGGGUACAGCGACGCCAUUCAGAGACACGAGUAACUCCUUCGCAUCCACACAUGGGCUGGUGCAGACGCACCCAUCAGGGAGCGACUUCCCAGGAUUCGGGUCCAUCGACGCAACGAUAGGACCUUCAGCAAAUCCAUUCGUCCAGACCAGCGGCAGCGGACCGCUCAGUGGAAGCUUCAGAAGUAUCAACCCACUACCUCCCCUAGCGAGGAAUACAAAUGGGAAAUUGUCCUUGAAGCACUUAGACUUUACGAGCAGUGCCACAGCUGAGUUGAGGAGAAAUCCAGCUCUGUCAGCCCCCGACGAGUGCGCGAGAGCAUGCCGCGAAAACGAACCGCCCAGAAUUUGUUACUACCACUUCACAUUGGAAUUCUACACAGUAUUAGGGGCAGCCUGUCAAGUAUGCACACCAAACGCAACAAAUGUAGUGUGGUCACACUGCCAAUGUGUGCUGGCCGAUGGUGUGGAGCGAGGUAUCCUCACAGCAAACAGAAUGUUGCCAGGACCCUCCAUCCAGGUGUGCGAGAACGACAAGGUAGUCAUAGAUGUGGAGAACCAUAUGGAGGGUAUGGAAGUGACCAUCCACUGGCACGGAAUCUGGCAGAGAGGAACCCAGUACUAUGAUGGUGUACCGUUCGUCACGCAAUGCCCGAUCCAACAGGGAAAUACGUUUAGGUAUCAAUGGCAAGGAAAUGCCGGAACCCAUUUCUGGCACGCGCACACUGGUCUUCAGAAACUUGACGGGCUCUACGGCAGCAUCGUCGUCCGACAGCCACCUUCCAAAGAUCCCAACAGCCACUUGUACGACUACGACUUGACGACGCAUGUGAUGCUGCUGAGUGAUUGGCUCCACGAGGACGCGGCCGAGAGGUACCCCGGUCGCCUCGCCGUCAACACCGGCCAAGAUCCCGAAAACGUUUUGAUCAACGGAAAAGGACAGUUCCGAGACCCCAACACCGGAUUCAUGACGAACACUCCCCUCGAAGUAUUCACCAUCACCCCCGGCAGGAGAUACAGGUUCAGGAUGAUCAACGCGUUCGCCUCGGUCUGCCCCGCCCAAAUCACGUUCGAAGGCCACAAUCUCACGGUCAUCGCCACCGACGGAGAACCCGUGCAUCCCGUCCAAGUCAACACCAUCAUUUCGUUCUCUGGUGAACGUUACGACUUUGUGAUCGAAGCGAACAAUAUCCCCGGUGCGUACUGGAUCCAGGUACGCGGGCUCGGAGAGUGUGGUAUCAAACGAGCGCAACAGUUGGGCAUCCUCCGGUACGCGAGAGGACCCUACCAACCGUCGACCCAACCGCCGACCUAUGACGUAGGCAUACCGCAAGGCGUGGUAAUGAACCCCUUGGACGCGAGAUGUAAUGAGCCCAGAAAUGAUGCAAUCUGUGUCAGUCAACUGAAAAACGCACUUCAUAUCGAUCCUGCUAUUCUACAAGACAGACCAGACGUCAAGAUCUUCUUGCCCUUCCGUUUCUUCGCGUACAGGCCCGAGAUGCUUUUCCAACCCAACACAUACAACCGAUUCUUAGUGGCACCAACUGGAGAUCACGUCAUAAGCUUGAUAGAUGAAAUAUCGUACAUGGCUCCACCGGCGCCACUCAUCAGUCAGUACGAUGACAUCAAUCCGGAUCAAUUUUGUAACGGAGACAACAGGCCAGCCAACUGCGGACAGAACUGCAUGUGCACCCACAAAGUUGAUAUUCCAUUAAACGCUGUAGUAGAGAUUGUACUCGUAGACGAAGUUCAAAUUGUAAACUUAUCUCAUCCGUUCCACUUGCACGGCUACUCGUAUAACGUGGUCGGUAUCGGACGGUCACCUGACCAGAACGUUAAAAAGAUUAACUUGAAGCACGCUCUCGAUCUCGACAGGAGGGGAUUACUCGAGCGUCACUUGAAACAGGGAGAUUUGCCCCCGGCGAAAGAUACGAUCGCCGUCCCUAACAACGGCUACGUAAUCGUUCGAUUCAGGGCUACGAACCCUGGAUUCUGGCUUCUCCAUUGCCACUUCCUGUUCCACAUCGUCAUCGGAAUGAACGUCGUCCUGCAAGUGGGCACGCAAGCUGACCUUCCUCCAGUACCCCCCAAUUUCCCGACCUGCGGAGACCAUCUUCCUCCAAUCAACUAACCAACUUCUAGACAAAUGUUGCAGUUCUGAUCGUAAUCGGUUUUACAGCUGAAUUUUUAUGUUACUUGAGUGUAAUUAUGAUUGUUUUGUGUGAUGUGUUUGGCGAAUCCGAAGUGCUCGACUACGCCAUGGUAUUUUGUGUUUAUUUUGUAUUCGAUGGUUUGUGAUUUAAUUUAAAGGUGAUAAUUUUAGUAAAUAUCUUUACCUAAUGCCAUAUCGUGAUGUACGUUAGCGUAUGACAUCCGAGUAUAGCAUAUUUGAGGCUCUUCAUUGUGUGCACCGAUCGUGUACAAUUUAUUUUAUUAUGAACAGAUUCGUUCUGUUACUAACUACUUGCCAUUAUGUUUUUCACCAGUUAUAUUUAUUAUGUAUAUAAUGUUUACUUCGAAGCUGAAAAUUAAGCUGCCCAAGUUCCUUGUAAUUUUCUAACGUUUCAUUGCACCCUCCAUUUUUGGGUAGUUAAUUUUUAUACUUUAUCCAUUAGGUUAUUUAAGUUUCACCUCAUUUCACCUACUAACCUGUUUGCAUGAUCCAUUUAUUAGUUUUGUACAUACUUUAAUUGCAGUACUUGUAAAUACACAUGUAUGUUACGGUUGAUAUGACGAUGUGCAUUGACCUUAAAACAUAAAGACUGUUUGCAUUCAAAUUACUUUAAUAUUGUUACCAGUACAAAAACAAGGUUACCACAUUCAGUUACCAUUUUACCAAUUUUAGUUUUA